CCUGAUCAAUAUUAUGUUGCGUGCGUGCAGAUUAUUAUUAUAUUGAAUUAGAUUUUAGAUUUAACCUGAACAAAAAUAAUAAACACUAACAAUAAAAUAACUAGAACCAAUGUAUCAAAUAUAAAGGUAAAGAAAAAAAAAAAAUUGGUAGCAGACGAUAAAUGAAUUGUCAUUCGAGUUUAGUUCCUCUUUGAUAUUCCGUCAUUCUAAAAUCAACGCCUCUGUCUGAUAUCAACAAUGUUACUCUUCACUUGCAUCUGUGUGGCUUUCAGUUUAAUUUGUGGAGGACUUGGCUAUUCAAAGUUGCAGAAUCAGUACACUGUGAGACAUUAUGAAGAACCACAUUCCUGGUUGUAUCUCAAAAAUAUUUGUGAAUCAUCAAGUGGAUACCUUGCAAGCAUCACAACCGCCGAUGAACUAGCUUAUGUCCUGGAGUACAUGAAGGACUUUCCAGCCAGUUCCUAUGCCGUCGGUUUAUCACGCCAGGCGGGGUAUGAUCGGCAUGUAGACGGAAACUGGAAGUGGGAAACAGGAGAGGCUUUUGAUUCUUCUAUUACUCCAUGGGGUUCAAGUCAACCUAAUGUCAUCGAUAGUAAACUUGUCGGGGUUCGGAUACAGAUCGACAAUGGUUACAAUGGCCUCAAUGACAAACGUGCUACCAAAAUCGAUAUUUAUGGAUGUAUUUGUGAAUUUGACCUUCCGAUUUAUUUCCAAUCUGUGGAGAAUCGUGGAGUAACUAGGCCUAUGGAUGCUUCGUACAUGAGAUGCGCGAUGCGAUGUCGGCGACAGACAGAGUGCCAGGGAUUUCAUAUCGAUGAUGCUGGAUGUCAGCUUGAAGAUGGAGUAAAUGAUGACAAUAAACGACAAUAUGGCAAAAUAACUUAUCAUCGUAAUUAA